UCUCAUCGCAAUCCAAUCCACCACAGAAACAAACACUUUGAACGCCAUUUCGUAGUAAUUCACUCGCUCUCAUCAAUCACCAAUCGCAAUGUCUCUCAUUCCCAGCUUCUUCGGCCGCCGCAGCUCCGAUCCUUUCUCCCUUGAUCUGUGGGACCCUUUCCGCGACUUGGGCGUGGGGUCCGGCAGCGAGACGUCCCAGUUCGCGGCGACUCGCGUGGACUGGAAGGAGACGCCGGAGGCCCACGUGUUCAAGGCCGACGUGCCCGGCCUCAAGAAGGAGGAGGUCAAAGUAGAGGUGGAGGAAGGGAAUGUCCUCCAGAUCAGCGGUGAGCGCAGCCGUGAGAAGGAGGAGAAGAAUGACACCUGGCACCGCGUCGAGCGGAGCUCUGGCAAAUUCCUCCGGCGCUUCCGCCUUCCGGAGAACGCUAAGGCUGAUCAGGUUAAGGCGAGUAUGGAGAAUGGGGUGCUGACCGUGACGGUGCCUAAGGAGGAAGUGAAGAAGUCUCAGGUCAAAGCCAUUGAUAUAUCUGGCUGAGAAUAUUAUCUUCAAUUAUGCUUGAAAUUUUAAUAAGCUAUGUACAAAUGAAGUGUGUUUCUGGUUUUUAUCUUGGAUGUAUGUAUGUGAUUUGAAUCCGAAUUUAAUAAAGUGAGGUAAAUAAAA